AUGCUGCCCGUCGUCGAGUCGUUUGGCUUCGCCGACGAGAUCCGCAAGCGCACGUCUGGCGCCGCGUCCCCGCAACUCAUCUUCAGCGGCUACGAGACGCUCGACCAGGACCCCUUCUGGGUGCCCACCACCAUCGAGGAGCUCGAGGACCUGGGCGAAAAGGCCGACCGCGCAAACGUCGCCAAGGGCUAUGUCGACGGCGUCCGCAAGCGCAAGGGUAUGUUUGUGGAGAAGAAGUUGGUGGAGAAUGCCGAAAAGCAGCGUACCCUCAAGCGCUAG